UUUACGCGGUAACCGUUUACGGGGUGCGGUAACGGUUCGGAAUAAGCUGGUCGAGAAAAAGGGCUACAUAUUUGGAUCGGGCCCCCGAGACAGUGAGGGCAUUCAUUUCGUGCUUGAAGCUUGUAACGGGUCAAAGCGUUAUCUCUGCGGUCAGCGCUCCUCGACAACGAGUCUCGCUAUGUGUACCUCGUGUAUUAUCGCCCUCUCGUAUGCCUUCCCGCUUCCUACGGGUCUUUACGAGGCCCCGUCGAGGCCGUAUCGCAGAAGAUCGCUCGAUUUCUACUCUAAAUUCGUUUACCACGUUCGUCACGAAAAAGAAUCACGGGCAAGCAGCAAUUGGAAUCUGUGCAAACUGUCCAAAGUCUUCUGGCUCAAAGCUCGUGAAUUCCAUAAAACGGGGAAGGGCUGCUGCUCGUCACAGAGACACGCGACGAAGCGUCGUCGGCGUCAGCAAGUUCGAAAUCUCCUCUUUACGAUAAACACGUCUCUGUUCCAUUAAUUGGAACGUGACGCUGUACAUACGUAGAUUCUUCGACCGAGUCACCUACAUCGUUGGCGACCUUUGCUCUUUGUUGUGGAUGAUGGUUGAACAAAUGUGACCCGCGAUAUCGUGCGUGGUGACUCGACCGGGCAAACACCGCCGGCCGUCAAUUAUUACGUUUCUUUUUUAAACCAGGCUUAUGUACGAUGUACGCUUAAAUGUUCCGUUAACGGGGGAAGAUUGUUGAACAACGCGAGAAAGGAACCGUUCCGCCGUUGUUCUUCCUCUCAUUAUUGUUUCAACGGUUUUGGAAACGGGCCGUAAGCGCGCGCGUCCAGCCAUGGUCUAUUUGCAAAUCUGAUCGUGAGGUCUAGCCCAGAGACUACAAUAGAGGCAUUGUAGCUUUCUGAUCGCGAUAAACAAGUCGAGGAGUCACGAACGCUUGCUCGUGUAAUCUCGAUUAGCCGGCCGUAAAAAUUAGCAGAAUUACGUAAAUCGAGAAUAAGAAGAAGAAGAAGAAGAAAAUGAUGCACGCCGUCGAAGCCGGGAGCAUACGUUAAUAUAGUUUUCGAAGAGGCUACCGUAGUCGGAAUGGCGCGAUGUAGAAAAACGACGUUUGAUAGACGUAUAGACGGACGUAAGGAGCUUUCGUUGGUCCUUCAGCGGAAGAUAAACGACGUAUUCUUAAGCUCGAUCCGAAGGCGAAGAGGGUGGCGUUACAGCCGGUAGUCGGGUCGCCGACGAGCUUUGGACACCGUGCUGCCGCCGCCGACGCCACCGCCGCCGCCGCCGCGGGGACCGGAACAACGGCAUGCAUGCAGAUGGUAGCUGUGAGAGGGGGGUGGUUUAAAAUAAUAAAGAAGCUGGCACGAAGAUGAGAAGUGUUUGUGUUUCCGAUUCCGAACGACGACGACGACGACGAGAUGCAACUGGAAAAAUGUAGAACGUGAAAGACAAUACAUCGGACAAGACCGUACUUAUCGAUGGUUUCCUGUCCGCGAUCAUUUAACCGCUUCUUCUUUACCGAACCGAAACAACAAUAAACGUAACGCAUUUUACGGUUCAAUGAAAUUAGAACCUUCAAAAUUCUACGGGAUCUCGUACGUAUAUACGUACGUACGUACAUCCAAGUUCGAUACCGUAUGAAUACCUAAUGCAAUUACGUGGAUGUGCUCGCAUGAUCGAAUACAAUUUAAGUAAUUGCUCUCCCUCUCUUCGCGAUGAAACUGAUCAAUUAUUUCUAUUGCGACUGAACGUAUGUGCAUAUAAUAUCGUGCUGGUAGAAAGCUGACUGAAGCUGACACGCGAGUCUAGAACUGCUCGAUAUCCAUUUAAUGAAACCGUGUAGCUUCGAGCAAUUGUAGAGCGAUUGUUGUAACUACGCCGACAUGAAAUACAAGUAUAAACCAUCGUUGAGCGAACUCCGAAACAGCUUAAAGCUCCGAGCAAGGGAAUAUUUUCUGGAAAACAGUUUACACGGCAUCCCUUACUUCGUCGAUUCUACGCGGCCCAAAUGGGAAAGAGUGGCAUGGUUCUGUUUGACAGUGACGUCCGUGAUAAUGAUUUCACUUAUAAUCGUAGAUAUUUUGAAGGAAUUCCGUACAGAUCCGACCAUAAUUGAAUUGGAUAUAAAGACGUCUCACAUCGAAAUUCCUUUUCCCGAUCUGAUCAUAUGCGCUCAGUGGAAACAUAUGAAUCACUCGUAUAUUCGCAAGGAGGAAAUGCGUCUGCACGAACAAGUGUACAAUUGGGUGUUUGGAAAAAAUGUGAACAUCACAGCAUAUUCGUCUAACGCUCUGUACGAGGACAGAAACAAUUUUCGCCGUACGUUCGAAACGAUGAUGCCGGCUUGCGAUUCUCUACUUACUAAUUGCGAGUACAAGGGAAAAAACGUGUCUUGUGAAAGUGUAUUUAAAAGAAUGUUCUAUCUGGGCGCCUGUUGCAUAUCGACGAAUUUGGAACCGGUCAAAGUGACGGAUCCGACGUACAAUUUGGCGUUCCAAGUUCCAGACAUGCCCGUAGAGGCUUACUUUUUGCAACUGAAGAAUUCAUUUCCGAUACGAGGCCACGAGGACACUGUGACGAUCAUCGCGAGCCCGUUGGAAGCCGAAUUUGUCGCGGACAUAACGUACACGACGCCCGCCGUUCGCUAUUUGCGUUUAGAACAGCGGAAAUGCGUUUACGACGACCGGAAUUAUGCUUGCGAGUUAAAUUGUUUCAUAGACAAUGUGUUCGCGCAUUGUCGAUGCUUGCCAUGGUUUUUAUCGAUCACCGAUAAAACGGAAUGUCCCCUCCGCAGGUAUUCUUGUUUAAACACCGUACCGUUCGACGUGACCGAGUGUAAGUGUCUACUCCAUUGCGAUCACACGUCGUACAGUCUGAAGAGGGAGAGCGGGGAGAGCGGGGAGAGCGGGAGUAAAAACAAAAGUACGCUGUCAUUGAUGAACUGGCCACCGGUUCUUUACAAAAGAAAGAUACGAUUUGGUUACUUCGACUUACUCGUGUCGUUUGGCGGAAUCGCCAGUCUUUUUCUCGGCUAUUCUUUGCUGACAACCGCCGAGUUUCUAUAUUACUUCACCCUUAGGACUUACUACGGAGCCGUGAUCGAAUCGUCGCGAAAACAGUACAAUAUCGUGACCGUUCACGUGGUGGAGAAGCCUCGCCACCAGCCGCAGCAGAGAGCACUGCGAGUUAGGCCGAAGUAUUAUCAGUACAUUGAUUGAUCAGAUCAUUUUGAUCGAGCAAUCGAGCAGCAUCGUCUUACGAUAGGCUGGUGACAAAUUAAAAAUCAUACUCGUAUCUCGUCAUCUUUAUAUUCGCGCAUUGCCAACGUACUCGUCAGGUUUUAACUUCGUUCCGAAAUCUGCGCCCGUAAAAGAGUCCGAUUUACUGAAGUUGAAGGCUUUCAUCG